CAUUUUAAUACAGUUCUAGUAAAGUGAAAGUAAAACGUAUUUGUCCUGGAAAACUGAAGCAACGUUACAUUUGGAAUAGAAGAUCGUACAGGAGCUGGGGGAGAUGAGGCCCCUGGGGGGGUGGGAGAGGCCCCCGAUCCCCCUAUUUCUUCUACUGCUUCACCUCUCACUCCGGGGCACAGAUUCUACUGAAGUCCAAAUGGUUGAGUCCCCAAUAAAAGCGCUAAAGGAUAAAGCUGUAUUCAUUCCAUGUAUCAUAACAACUGAUAAUAACCCAACACUCAAUCCAGAACUUCUCGCUGUCAUCUGGACCAUGAAACCCUUCUAUGGAAUGGAACGAGCUGUGUAUAAGUACGAGGACAAGACUAGAAUCCCAUACAAUCCCAGAUCAUUUAUACCAGAGAAAGACCUCCUAACUGGUGAUGCCGGACUUCACAUAUUGCAGGUUCAACUGAAUGAUGAAGGAGAAUAUUCUUGCACCGUCUUUUAUUCUCCUCAUAAAGCCAAAGGCAAAUCAACAUUGCUGGUGUCAGCUAAGCCAAAAGCUCAUUUGGAUUCACCCAAGGAUUUUGAGGCUGGAAAGGAGAAACAGGUUUCAUGCAAAGCCCACAGAUUUUACCCAUUGCAAAUAUCUAUUAAGUGGGAGAAGCAUCACAAGGUCUACGGUCGUUCUCCGUUGGAAUCUGAUGUUUACCAGAAAGACCCAGUUACAAACCCAGAUGGAACAUUCAGUGUAACAAGUCUUCUGAUAUUGAAUCCUUCUGUGGCCAAUGACAAAACAUUAUAUUUCUGUAUCGUGUCCCAUAGAUCAUUGGAAAAUGACCUUCUUCUGAAUUUUACUUUACACCUUAAAGACCCAGAGAACCCAACAAAUAAUUCCAUAACCCCUCUAGGAGUAGCUGUGAUUGUGCUUGUGAUUGUGAUAUUACUUUUACUGGGGCUUUUCAUCUACUGGAAAACUUGUUUGAAGAAAAAGCCCCCAAGACUCUCUCCCAUUACGGGAGCAGAACAUUUGGUGCAUAUGAACAGGGCGACUCUGUCCUGCCAGAUCUCUGGGUUCCGACCCAAACCCAUCAGAAUUACAUUGUGGUUGAAAAGAAAAGGGGGAGAAGAGAUGGAAAUUGACUCCUGGGAUUCUGAGUCUGCAAAGACAAAGGAACCAUCUGUGGAUACUGAGACAGAGAGACAAGGGUUAAUGAGUAAUGUGAAUGUGAGGAUGGUUCCUGUAAUAACAAGAAGUAAAUUACUAAUAUCCAACUGUCAGUGCACAAUCCAUAUAACUCCCGACAUGCACAAAGAUAAUGGGGCAGAACUGACAGUGCAGGUCACUCACAUUACUCUGAUCUCUCCCAUCUCUGAGUCCUGUCGGCUGCAGGUCACAAGAGUUCCCCCUAGUUUGUGCAAAAUCAGAUCUCCGCUCCGUAUCCUCCAUGGAGAACCCCUGACUCUGAUCUGUCCCAUCAAUGGGUUCAAGCCAAAGCCGCUCCGUGUUACUUGGCUGAAAGUGGAUCCGAGGGGUCGGGAAACAGAACUUCUCAGCUGGGAUCAAGGUACCAUCAACAUCAAUGAUACCAAAUAUUCCCAUGAACUGCAGGAGACUGAGAAUGAACAUCAUUCCAACAGUUUUUCUAGUUUGUUGACAAUAAGACCAACAAUAAAAGAAGAUCAUGGAGCAAAAUAUAUCUGCAGAACGUAUCAUUAUGCAACUGAUUCCCGAGUAGAGGAAACAAUGGAAAUGCUGGUUUCAGCCCACCCAGUGCUGGAUCCGAUACAAAAAUCUCCAAAAACUCUGUUUUUUGGGGAAGCAAUGACGUUAUCCUGCAGAAUCCAUUCCUUCCACCCAGAGAACCUGAUUGUUUCCUGGUAUAAAGAAGAUGAGCUCUUGCCAUCAAACCAUGGCCUAAUACUCACUGAUCCCAAUGAAUUGUUUUAUUUAACCAGUCAUGUCACAUAUAAUCCACAUGAGGAAGACCGUGGUAAAAUCUUCAGGUGUGAGGUCAGUCAUCAAAGUUUUGAACACCCUAAAAGCGUUUCCUGGGAACUGCAAAAGCAGAACUUUGUAGUUGUUAAAGAAAUCGUUUGCAAGCCAGAUCCCAUGGAAUAUGGCGAACCUCUAACCCUAAGCUGUGAAGUGAUUGGUUGUGAAGAUGAUGACAUCACAGCAAAAUGGUGGGAGAAUGAUAAGCCAAUAAAGAGACAAAUGAAAGCAGAAACUCUAACCAACACAGAAGCAGUCUUCUUUCUCCUUACACUAACACCUACUGCUGAGCAUUGUGGGAAAUUAUUCACCUGCCUGGUAUUCCAUAGGAAAAAACGGCGAGAAAUUAAGAGAAAUAUCUCUCUGAAACUGCCAGACAAAUUACCCGUUUUAUCAGAAAUCACAGCAUGGCCAACAUUUUUUGAGAUCAAAAAGGAGGCUACUUUCAAGAUAACAAUCUCUGGAUUCUCAUCUAAAGUCCUCCAAGUGAGAUGGCUAAAAUCCUUCACAGCUCUUACAGAGAAUAUAGUGACCACAGAGCCACAAAUAGGAAAGGACGGGUUAUAUUGUUGUACCAGCAAAAUUAAAUACACUCCGACCGAUGCAGAUCUCAACAUGUCUAUCCGAUGUGAAGUCACUGCCAGUGGGGAGACAAAGAGAAAGGAGUAUCUGUUUACUCUUAAAGGCUCUGUACAUGUUAAGGAUAUAGAGUGCAGCACACAUUCCCCUACAUAUGGAGAACCCCUAACCCUAAGCUGCGAGGUGAUUGGAAGCAACGCCCAAGACAUCACAGAGGAAUGGCAAAUGGACAACAAUCCCAUUAAGGAAGAAAUGAGAGCAGAAACCCAAACAAAUGAAGAUUUAGUCACAUACCUUCUCUCAUUGACGCCUACAGCAGAGCAUUGUGGGAAAUUAUUCACCUGCCUGAUAAAUGCCAAGGAUCUGGCUCAGCCGAUUAAGAAAAGCAUAUGGCUGAAGCUGCCGGACAAACUACCUGAUCUAUCAGAGGUGGAGAUCUACCCAAGAAGACUGACAAUCCACAAGGAAUCCAGUUUUCAAAUAACCAUCUCUGGUUUCUCUCAGAAGAACCUGAAAGUCAAUUGGUUCAUUUCUUCUACUCCUCUCACUGCAAAUAUAGAGACCACUGAGCCACAGAUUGGAGAGGACAUGUUAUAUUGUUGCACCAGCACCCUGAGGCACACCCCGACUGCCAUGGACCUCAACACAUCAAUCCGAUGUAAAGUUACAGCCAAUGGGGAGACUAGGGAAAAAAACAUUCGGUUAAAUGCAGAAGACUUUAUUUCCGUUAAAGAAAUCACUUGUAAUCAGGAGUCCCCAAAAUAUGGAGAAACACUAACUCUGAGCUGUACUGUGACCAACUGCAAUAUCCAGGAUCUCACAGGGGACUGGCAACUGAACAAGCAACCAAUCAAGGGGGCAACGACAAGCAAAACCCGAAACAGCACAGAUUCAGUCUCGUUCAUGCUUGUGCUAAAUGUGACAGCCGAGCAUUUUGGAAAAUUUACUUGUGAAGUGAAACACAAGGAUCUGCCACUGCCGGUCCAGAAAUCAAAAUAUCUUCAUUUACCAGAAAAAGUACCGACCUUAUCAGAGAUCACAAUGUACCCAGAACAAUUCGUAGCUGACAAAGAGAGACGAUUUAACAUCUUCAUUUCUGGGUUCUCUGACAAGAAUCUACGAGUUAAAUGGUUCAAAUCAUUCACCCCACUUACAGCAAAUAUAGAGACAUCAGAGCCACAGAUUGGAGCGGACGGGUUAUAUUUUUGCUCCAGCACAUUGAGCUACACUCCAGUCGGCAUGGACCUCAGCAUGUCCAUCAGAUGUCACGUUACUGCCAGUAAUAGAAAUUGGGAAAAGGAGUAUACGUUCACGGCCAAAGGACCUGCACCUGAAGCUGCUUCUGAUGAAGGAAUAAAGGCAGAACCAAGAGAAUAACUGGGAGAACAUUAAUGCACUGCCCUGUAUCCUAAUCCCAGUGAUACUUGCUCUUUACUCAGAUGAUGGUGCUAAGAGGGAACCUGUAGCAUUCAUUUUUUUUAAUGGUCAGAAAACAGGUCAAAAUGGUCCCUGGCAUUUCAAGUACAAAGAGGCCCAAACAG